AGGGGCACAACUUGGUCACUUUCGCGUUCGCUCGUCAGCGGCUGCCUGCCUGCGCGUCGCUCGCUUGAUCCGUCGGCCAGCACGCUCAGUCGAGGCAGGGAGGCGGGAGGUGUGUAGAUCACUCUGUCCCCGCCUCCCGCUCAUCACAAGAGACGAGCCUCGAGCCAUCUUUGCUUCUUCUUCUCUUCUACCCAUCAGUAGUGCAACCAGAUCGCCACGCACUCGGCCAACAUGGGUUCUGAUAGGGGCGAGGACUCUCCCGCACACAAGGAGGGUGGCCCUGCUUCGCCCACGCCCGCUCCCGCGACUACGUCUGCGCCUACCUUCGCCCAUCCCAACACCGAUCCUUCCAUCACCGUCACCCAGAGCUGCUUUUCUUCCAACAACGGCGAGGCCAAACUCAGCGAUGUUGCUCCUCAGCAGGGCACCCUUACUGUCACUGACAGCAGCGUUUCUAAGGGACCCGACGCAUUGCCCUCUAAGACAGCCUCUACUCGUGGGCCUACCACUCGUUUCUGUGGCCUUCUGGCCUCGGUCGCUGAGACGCUCAAGCUUGAGGACAGUGGCGACCCAAGAUCAAAUCACUCAGCAGCCUCUGAACAAGAUGACAUAGAGACGGGCUGCGUUACGCGUCUGAGCUCUCCUACGCAAUUGCUGGCAGGCGACGACGUCAGUAGUCAGGCUGCGCCGUGCGCAAUCUCAACGGCUGCGACCACAUUCAGCUCUGCUGUUCGACGGGUCGCACCUUCUCCGGGGCAGAGCAACACUGACACCACAGCCACAGCCGCAGUCGCAGCCGCCGCUGCACCCUCUAAUACGCUUCCAAGCAAAGCCAAUCGUACCAAGAAGAAGAAGAAGACAGGAAAAGGCGAGGGUGGCCAGCAGCGUCCUCCCAGCACGCUUUGCCCCAUUCAGGGUCCUCAGGCAUAUCCACCUCUCUCGUGCCUCCCAAGGCUCCAACUGAUGCCUUUUGACAAGUUCACCAUGCUCGAGCUCGCGGACCGUGAGCCGAUGGACGCAACCUAUCCGCUCCCCUUCAAGGGCAAAGAUGGGCGCCAAGCACUCGCUGCUAUUCCCGGCCUCUUCCUACCUGGUCAUCCCCGCCCAGGUGUCUUCGGUCAGCCUGCUACCCUGACGGAACGCAUGUACAAGUUCUCCAAGUCCCAUUGGCUCAACCGCCUUGAGUACGGAUGGGCACGCAGGCCUGACCUCUCUGCGGGUGCUGUCGACCCUCGCCCUCCUCCCAUCCCUGCUCGCCCCAACAUGAGCGACGACGAGGUCGAAUCCAUCCCCACGCCGGCAGUCUUGUUCGAAAGGAUCACCUUCGUGCCCGAGUGGGCUUCGGACUACCCCUUCCCCAUGCUCUAUGAGGCGGGCACCGGCUUUGCUUUUCCACUCUUCGACAUCCAGGAAAGGCCAGCGCUGCCCACUUGGCCCAACUAUCGCAAGGCGCACUACAUGGGCUGGGCUCCGUGCCCCUAUGACCCCUUCGACAUCCCCUGCCCCGAUCCACGUCAGCAGAAGAUUGAUUGGGGCCAGCAUCCCGCCAGGAUCGAUAGGCUCAAUGAGCAGAUUGAGCUUGCGCAGAAGCGCGCUCGUUGAAGCUGCCUCGUCGCCAACGUCCGUAGCUGGACCUGCCGUACUUCACGUCUCAGCCAUUCUGUCUCUCUCCCUACUAGGCAGCGUCGGCUGUACCCUUUUCAGCUUGACGUUAGCUCUCGUAGCCAGUCUUCACAGUUCCUCUUUUUCCCCUUGACCGACGUGCAACGGCGUCGACUCCUGUCUUCCUCUCUUGAGCAAAAAGUGAGUCAGAAAUUUUUCAUCCUUUCGUAGCCUACCGCUUGUCCCAUCCUUUGGCUCGCUCGCUUCUUUCUUUGUUGUCACUGAAGGCUCAGUCCUCGCAUCGAUGAAGGUGGGAGUAGGAGGUCUGCUGCGAGGUCGCCUCCACCGGCUUAGCGGCCUAGCGCCGAAUCCGCCCCCCG